AUGAAAGUUAAAAUUGAAUUAAGUGGUGGAUUAGAAUUAUUAUUUGAUAAAAAGAAAGUACACGAAAUUGAAUUUUCAGAUAAGAAUGAAAUUCCAUUAAAAGAUUUAAUUUUAUAUAUGAGAGAUAACUUACUCAAAGAAAGAUCAGAGUUAUUUGUAGUUGAUGAUACAGUUCGUCCAGGUAUUUUAGUUUUAAUUAAUGACGCAGAUUGGGAAUUAUUUGGUGGUAUCUCAUACAAUGUAGAAGAUAAAGAUACAAUCAUUUUCAUUUCAACUUUACAUGGAGGUUAA